UAUGUCCAUAACUAACAUGCCAAAUAUCAAAGACUUGUCACCAAGUUCACAAUCUUUAUGAUUUUUGAAAUAUUCCGUCCCAGCUAUUAGGUCUCGGCCAGCUGGGCUUUCCCCUCAAUCCGAUCGCGUUGCAGAAGCAGAGUCAGUGCAGCCAGAGAUCUGCGCGCCCGGCGACGUGCCUGCCGACGCAGCCGAGCCGACACGGGAGCGCGCCUUGACGCAGCUGCAGCAUCAGAUCAUUUCCAGGAAGGAUAUAAGGGUCAGAACUGCCGGCCAACCCUUCUAAAUCCUGAACCUGUCUGGUGUCGAUCGCUUGGGUCCGAGGACAGAAUUCCUAACAAAAUCCUUGGAGUGUAACGUUAAGGAUAAAGGCAGGAAGUGUGUGAAGGCAGCAGCAUGUGGAAGUGGAAGUGGAAGAGGAAGAAGAAGGACAAGAGAGUUCCUCUGGAACAGAACAGAGGACGAGAAGCUCAGAGCAGUCAGCUUCAAACACAUGAAGAUGUGACAUCUGAGGACCAGGAUGACUCCAGGAAUGACAGCUAUCAUGUAAAAAUGUGGUUGAAGGACACUUUGAAGAAUUUGGACACCAGUGGGCUGAAGGAAUUCCAGUGGUACCUGAAUAAUGCAGAUCAAUCAAAGGAUGGUUUCAACCCGAUCGAACUGUGUUAUCUGGAGCAUGCGGACAGAUUGGACACAGUAAAUCUGAUGAUGGAGAGGUUCUCCUCAAAGACCAGAGAGGUGGCUGAGACGAUUUUAAAGAAGAUGAAAAGUGAUAAAGGAAAACCUGUUGUCCAGGACGACCCAGUCUCUCCAGCUGGUGCAACAGGUGCGUUAGUUGCAGUUUUAAAAAAGCAGUUAAAGUCUAAGCUGAAGAAGAAGUACGAAUGUGUGUCUGAGGGGAUUGUUAAAGCAGGAAAGAAAAUCCUUCUGGAGCAGUUCUACACGGAGCUCUACAUCACAGAGGGAGGGACCGGAGAGGUCAACAAAGAACAUGAAGUCAGACAGAUACAAGCAGCUUCCAGGAAACCAGUCAGAGCAGAAACAGUCAUCAGACAGGAAGACAUCUUUAAACCCCCACCUGGAAGAGGAGGAUCAAUCAGAACGGUGAUGACGAAGGGAGUGGCCGGCAUCGGGAAAACAGUCCUAACACAGAAGUUCAGCCUGGACUGGGCUGAAGGCAGAACCAACCAGGACAUCCAAUUCCUGCUUCCAUUCACCUUCAGACAGCUGAAUAGGCUGAAAGAGAGAAAGUUCAGCUUGGUGGAACUAGUUCAUGGAUUCUUCUCUGAAACCAAAGGAAUCUGCAGCUUUGAAAAGUUACAGGUCGUGUUCAUCUUUGACGGUCUGGAUGAGAGUCGACUUCCUCUGGACUUCAACAACAAUGAGUUGCUGACUGAUGUUACAGAGUCCACCUCAGUGGACGUGCUGCUGAAAAACCUCAUCAUGGGGAACCUGCUUCCUUCUGCUCGUCUCUGGAUCACCACACAACCCGCAGCAGCCGAUCAGAUCCCUCCUGAGUGUGUUGACAUGGUGACGGAGGUCAGAGGGUUCACUGACCCACAGAAGGAGGAAUACUUCAGGAAGAGGUUCAGAGAUGAGGAACAGACCAGCAGGAUCAUCUCCCACAUCAAGACAUCCCGGAGCCUCCACAUCAUGUGCCACAUCCCAGUCUUCUGCUGGAUCACUGCUUCGGUCCUGGAGAACGUCCUGGAGAACGUCCUGGAAAGCAGAGAGGGAGGGGAGCUGCCCAAGACCCUGACUGAGAUGUACAUCCGAUUCCUGGUGGUCCAGGCCAAACUGAAGAAGGCCAAGUAUGACAGAGGAGCUGAGACGGAUCCACACUGGAGUCCAGAGAGCAGGAAGAUGGUGGAGUCUCUGGGAAAACUGGCUUUUGAGCAGCUGCAGAAAGGAAACCUGAUAUUUUAUGAAUCAGACCUGAGAGAGUGUGGCAUUGAUGUCAGAGAGGCUUCAGUGUACUCAGGAGUGUUCACCCAGAUCUUUAGAGAGGAGAGCAGCCUGUACGAGAACCAGGUCUUCUGCUUCAUCCAUCUGAGUGUUCAGGAGUUUCUGGCUGCUCUUCAUGUCCAUCAGACCUUCAUCACCUCUGGAGUCAACCUGCUGGAGGAGCAGAAGAAAAACUCCUGGUGGUUUAAAAAAAGAGCAGAGACUAAGCUCUAUCAGAGUGCUGUGGACAAGGCCUUACAGAGUCCAAACGGACACCUGGACUUGUUCCUCCGCUUCCUUCUGGGUCUUUCACUGGAGACCAACCAGAACCUCCUACGAGAUCUGUUGGAACCAGAACAAAGAAGUUCACAGAAAAAUCAGGAAACAGUUGAAUACAUCAAGGAGAAGAUCAGUGAGGAACUGUCUGCAGAGAGAAGCAUCAACCUGUUCCACUGUCUGAAUGAACUGAACGAUGGUUCUCUGGUGGAGGAGGUCCAAGAGUCCCUGAGGUCUGGAUGUCUCUACACAGAUUAUCUGUCUCCUGCUCAGUGGUCGGCUCUGGUCUUUAUCUUACUGUCAUCAGAAGAUCUGGAGGAGUUUGACCUGAAGAAGUUCUCAGCUUCAGAGGAGGCUCUACGGAGGCUGCUGCCGGUGGUCAAAGCCUCCAAGAAAGUUCUGUUGAGUGACUGUAACCUCUCAGAGGACAUCUGUCCACUUCUGUCCUCAGUUCUCAGCUCUCAGUCCUCCAGUCUGACAGAACUGGAUCUGAGCAACAACGACCUGCAGGAUUCUGGACUGAAGAAGCUGUGUCCUGGACUGGAGAGUCCACACUGUCACCUGGAGUCUCUCAGGCUGUCAGGCUGUCUGAUCUCAGAGAAAGGAAGUUCUUCUCUGGUCUCAGCUCUGACCUCCAACCCCUCCCACCUGAGAGAGCUGGACCUGAGCUACAACCAUCCAGGAGAGUCAGCAGGGAAGCUUCUGUCUAGACUGGAGGAUCCCCGCUGGAGACUGGACACUCUCAGGGUGGAGCCUGCUGGACAACGAUGGCUGACACCAGGAGGUCCGAGGAAGUAUUCCUGUCAACUCACCGUCGACACAAACACAGUCCCCAACUACAUCCAACUGUCUGAUGACAACAGGGAGAUGAUGUAUGUGAAGGAGGAGGAUCAGUCAUAUCAUGAUCAUCCACACAGGUUUGAUUCCUAUCCUCACCUGCUGUGUAGAGAAGUUCUGACGGGUCGCUGUUACUGGGAGGUCCAGUGGAGCGGAGCAGUUUCUGUAUCAGUGAGUUACAGAAGAAUCAGCAGGAAAGGAUUCUCUGAUGACUGUGCGUUUGGAAAUGAUCAUUCCUGGAGUCUGAACUGUUAUCGAGGUGAUUGGUACGAGGUCUGUCACAAUAACAGAGAAACAUUCAGCUACUCAUUUCAAGGUCCAGACUCUGGCAGAUUCUUCAUCCCCUCAUCUUCAUCUUCAGACUCUAACAGAGCAGCAGUGUACGUGGACGUUCCUGCUGGAACUCUGUCCUUCUAUGAAGUCGUCUCUGACAGACUGAUCCACAUCCACACCUUCAACACCACCUUCACUGAACCUCUCUAUGCUGGAUUUGGACUCAGGUCCUGGUCCAGGUCCUGGUUUUCUUGCUUUUUCGAACUCUUGUUUAGCUUUAUGUGCAGGUCUGAGCCCAGGUCUGAGUCCAGGUCUGAUUCCUCAGUGUCUCUGUGUCCAGUUUAAUCUCCAGAGUUUCCUGUCAGAGAAACUGUCUCUGUUGAAUCCUGGACUUGGACUCUGGUUCUGGUUCCUCAGUGUCUCCAUGAUGAUGAUGAUGAUGAUGAUGAAGAUGAUGAUGAUGAUGAUGAUGAUGAUGAUGAUGAUGAUGAUGAUGAUGAUGAUGAUGAACAUGAUCACCAUUUAUCUUUAGUUUUUUGGUGUAUUGUAUUUUUAUUUGAUAUUUUUCCACAUUUAAACAUUAAAUCAUUAACUGGAUUGUUGAUGUUUGAUCAUAAAUUAGAUUCUUAUCUCAUUAUUCUUGUUUUAUUCUGAUUCUGUCUCUAAAUGUUUUCAUGUUUGACUUCACGUUGAGAUUCUUAAAGUCUUGUUUCUUCCCUGAAAGAAAGUUUGAGCUUCAAAUCUAAACAUUUCCGUUUUACAAUUAACUUUUCCAGUUUGUAUAAUAUUUGAUUGAUUUAUCUGAUUGUUUUAAUUUGAUUCCUUCAAUUUUCAAAGUUGUUGAUGUAAAAAAGAAGCGAGAAGAUAGAAAUAUUCAUGUAACAUCCAACAUGUAAAAACAUCAGCAACAUGUGUAAAAGUAUUCAAGUACUUUUGAA